CACUCUCCCCUACUAUAAAAUACCAACUCCUAACUCCCCUUGUGCUCUCUCAUUACACUCCAAUUAUUAUUAUUAUUAUUAUUUUUGACAUCAGCGAUCCAUCUCUCUCUCUCUCUCUGUCUGAAUGGCCGCCGCCGUCGAUGAGUCGCAGAAAUGGGUGCUGAUGGUGACAGCGCAGACGCCGACCAACAUCGCGGUGAUCAAGUACUGGGGAAAGAGGGACGAGAAGCUCAUCUUGCCGGUCAACGACAGCAUCAGCGUCACGCUUGAUCCCGGCCACCUCUGCACCACCACCACCGUCUCCGUCAGCCCCGCCUUCACCCAAGAUCGCAUGUGGCUCAACGGCCAGGAGAUUUCGCUCUCCGGAGGCAGAUUCCAGAGCUGUUUGAGGGAAAUUCGGAGUCGAGCUUGCGACGUUCAUGAUAAGGAAAAGGGAAUCAAGAUCAAUAAGAAGGAUUGGGACGGCUUGCACGUGCACAUCGCUUCCUUUAACAAUUUUCCUACUGCUGCUGGAUUGGCUUCCUCCGCAGCUGGUUUUGCUUGUCUUGUUUUUGCGCUUGGAAAGUUGAUGAAUGUAAAGGAAGAUCAGAGCCAGCUUUCUGCUAUUGCAAGGCAAGGUUCAGGCAGUGCUUGUCGCAGCUUAUAUGGGGGAUUUGUCAAGUGGAUCAUGGGAAAAGAUGACAAGGGAACCGACAGUCUUGCAGUUCAACUUGCAGACGAGAAGCACUGGGAUGAGCUUGUCAUUAUUAUUGCUGUGGUAAGUUCAAGGCAGAAGGAAACAAGUAGUACUACAGGAAUGCGUGAUACCGUUGAAACAAGUUUACUAUUACAACAUAGAGCGAAGGAAGUAGUGCCCAAACGCAUAUUAAAAAUGGAAGAAGCCAUUAGGAAUCGGGAUUUUGCUUCUUUUGCACAGUUGACCUGUACUGACAGUAACCAGUUUCAUGCUGUCUGCCUGGACACAUGUCCUCCCAUAUUCUACAUGAAUGAUACAUCCCACAGGAUAAUCAGCCUUGUUGAGAAGUGGAACUGCUCAGAAGGAACACCUCAGGUGGCUUAUACAUUUGAUGCGGGCCCGAAUGCGGUUAUGAUUGCACGUGACAGAAAAACUGCUACCCUUUUGCUUCAGAAGCUUCUUUACACUUUCCCUCCAAAUUCUGAUGCGGAUUUGAACAGUUUUGUUCUUGGUGAUAAGUCAAUUUUAAAAGAUGCUGGUAUUAAUGCCCCGGAGGAUAUCGCGACUUUGCCUCCACCUCCAGAAAUCAAGGGCCAGCAGUUCAAAGGAGAUGUUAGUUACUUUAUUUGCACAAGACCUGGGAGAGGUCCAGUGGUGUUGUCAGAUGAAACUCAUCUUCUCAACCCUGAAACUGGGCUGCCAAAGUAAGUCAGAGGAUUUCUCUUUUUCUCACGCUGCUUUAUUCCCUGACAGGCCAGUACAAAUGGCUUUAUGUGCCUGAACUAGUUCAUUCGAAUGAUCCUUUUAGGCUAAAACCAAGAUUUGCCAUGAGAUGAUCAUCUUGAGUUCCUCUCAGUUUUACGGUUUCUGUUGCUCGUUCCAUGUAUUUCAAUCCAAUUAUGGCUUUUGUACUCAUUUUCUUCUUGACACAAUAAUGAAUAAAUUGUCUAUUCUUCC